GUCCUUACUACUCCACCCUUUGGUUGAGGUUACAUAAUCUUAAUCGAAUAUUUGAAGAUCUUCAAAUCAAAUAUUUCAGGAUCAUCAUUUGGGCUGAAACAAAAAAUUGUCUUAACCUAAGUCACAAUUGAACAGCUCAACUUAAACAAGCAUUAUUGGAGUAGAGCACAUUUAGCCCAAUGGGCCUCAAAACAUUGAUAAACUUCUUUGGGAAAGGGUGCUGAUUGUGUGAUAUCUGGAGUUUUUCCUGGCAAUAGGAUUAAUGAAAUGCUUCUUAAACAUGUCAGAAGUCAGAACAUUUCCUUUCUGAUCAAUGGGAACCGGUGCUCAAUGUGAUUUCAUCCGCAACAUUGUGGAAAUUGAGGAUGUUACAAGUCUUGUUCCCUCUGUUCAGGUGGAUGAAUACUAAACAUCCAAACAUCAUGCGAUGUGCCCUUAACUAGUUAUGAACAGAAAGGAAAAUUCCAAAGGUUAACAUGUCGAAAGGGAUACCGUAAACUUCAUGGAUUUUCUGUACAAAUCAAGAGGCAGUUUUCCUCUAUUUAUGUAAAGAGAUGAAAGGUGAACGGGAAGCGCAGCAGCAUAUAGAUACAUACAUACAUACAUACAUGUAAAGAAAAAAAAAUCAAAAAGCUUAAAUUACUUGAAGAAUGUUGAUUCCGAGAUUGGGAAGCUGAGAAAUUUUGGACCAUUCCGAGUCUGAUGAGCCAUUGAUUUCACCAUUGCAUCUUUCCUUGAGAAUAGGGCAGCCGUAAAGCACCAAUACCCGAAAUUUGGUCAGGCGCGCCAUGGCGUCCAUGGAAGGCAAGCAUCGAAGCUUUGGGAAGUCCCAUAACUCAAGUGUUUCUAAAGAUGCCAGGUUUCCUAACCAGUCAGGUAAAGCUUCCAGUGAACCAUAACUCGCUAGAACUAAAUAUGUUAAUGAAGUCAAGUGUUGGAGUUGAUCGGGUAGCGCUUUUUGCAUUUGAGGCAUCCCAUAUAAAUGAAGUUUGCUGAGUGUAGAUGAACAUGAUGCUAAUCCUGCCCAGUCAAACAAUUCAACUGAAUCAUCCGAGAAAGGACCCACAGAAAGUUCCUUUAAGUUGGUCAGGUGAUCAAAUCCUCCAGGCAUGUUACCAUUUCGGGAGAACAAUUGCGGGCAGUCUUUGAACAACAUUGAUGAGAGAGAAGAAAGCCGUUGCAGAUCAACAGGAAAUGAUAUCAAAUUCGAGCAAUUUGUGAUCAAAAUGGACGUGAGAGAUGUGCAACCCUCCAGUGUUUCACUUGGUAUAUUGAUCAAACCAUUGCAUCCUUCAAUUUCAAGAUACUCAAGAGAUGCAAGAUGAUUAUGACUGAUGACGCUGUUGUGUUCUUGUAACGCAAUCAAAUCGGAAAAACAAGUCAGUUCAUCCAUACUUCUUAUGGAAAAAGACUUGAGAGCACCAGCACUACUCCUGAGAAUGUUUUGAACCACAGAAAAUCGCAGAUCUCCCAAUAUUUCCAAUUUAUUAAGAGUGGGAAAGUGAGUUGGAGUGUUGCGCAACUGGGGACAUGCAUUGAUGCACAAGGACUCCAACCUGGGAAACAAAACACCAACAUCAUCACCAUCACAGUCAACUGGUUUUACUUCUUUCCAUUCUGUCAAAUGUGACAGUUGGAUUAGGGCAAGAGUUUUAAGGGCAGGAAACAAUUUUCUCCUGGACAUGGAUGCCACUCGGCCGCCACCAUAGGGUUGGUAGAAUGAAUCACCAAUACAACUAAGGCUUUCUAAACCCCAUAUUGUGAGGUUUUCAAGACGUGGAAGAUGUCCAAAACCUGGAAGUUCCGUGCAUCUCUUGCAAUUGUAAAACUCCAGCUUCACCAACAAUGACAAGUUUCCAAUCCAUUGAGGGAAUUGAUCACCCAUAAAAUCAUCUAUUCUCAACUCUUGUAGAUUUGAGUGAGGUUCAAGGCCUUCUAACACAUGCUUGUCGCAAUUCUCAAUGCCAUAACGAUCUGCACUUGUCCAAUAUAAUCCCAGCGUCAUCAGAUUUGGCUUGCAGAACAAAUUUGCCAGCCUUGCUUCUUCUUUGCCCUUUACAAGUUCAAGAUUCCGUAUAUGAAGUUCACCUUUAAGUUGUUCCAUGUGUCCAAGCUCAUCAAUUCCACAACCCUUCUCUUCUCCUACAUUAAAGAACUUCAGAGUCUGAAGGCAAGUUAGUCGUCCCAUCUCUGGUGGCAUUUGUAACCUCUCAUAGAAGUCAAAAUAAUGUAAGUGCCUCAAACCUAUCAGAUUGUUCAACCUUCGCGGAAGACUUUGCAGAUGGAAGCACCCAUUCAACCUCAGUGUUUGCAAAUUGUAAAGUUUGCAAAGAGUUUCUGGCAGCUCCUGAAUUUUAGAUCGUGAGAGGUUGAGAUAGCGAAGGUGUUUGAGUUUUCUUAUACACCUCGGUAACUCCUUUAUAAUUACUCCACCAGACAAAUUCAGCACAUGAAUGAACUUAAACUUCAGCAACAUUUCAUCAGAUAUGCUACUAUUCACAACUAUUUUUCGAAUAAAUGGUGACGACAUUGCAUUCAGGACCUUUUCUGUCUCCUCUCCACAUGAGUUCAGUGAAAGGUGUCGGACCUGGUUAUUUUUCUCCAUUUUGGAACUUUUAGUCUUUGAAACUAACAUUGCUAGAUCAUGAACAAGACUGUGCAUUUGAUAACGGUCUCCUUUAACUUCCAACAAGGAACUUUGCAAUAAAAUUCUGAGGUAGUUGCCUCCCAUUUCUUCCAUGGUUGUUCCACUUUCACUUUUCUCUUGAAGAAAACCCUCUGCGACCCAGAGUUCAAUCAGUUCAUCUCUUUCUAUGAUUGUGUCUUUGGCAAAUACUGAACAAUAAGCAAAGCAUUUCUUAAUAGAUGGAGAAGGCAAAUAAUCAAAGCUCAGCUUCAGAAUUCGCGAAAUGUCAUCUUCAAGAUCUCUGCUUGGCUUCAAAACCUUGUCAUUCACAAUUGAGAGCCAAUCCUCUUUUCUCUGCAGACAUAGUAAACCUCCAAUGGCAUUUGCAGCUAGUGGUAAACCAUGGCAUCUGCUCAGGAUUUGGGCCUUGUGUUUAUUCAGUUCUUCGGGCAUUUCUCCACCCGCAGUUGCCUUUUGUUUAAUGAUGGACCAACAGUCUUCAUCCGAAAGCUUAUUUAAAGUAUAAACACCGCGACUACCUCCAAGGUUUGCUGUCGUCUUUAGACGAGUUGUCAAAAGACAGCAGCUUCCGGGUAUGGUGCAUAGCGCCACCAAAGAGAGGAAAAAGUCAUCCCACAACUUGGGAUUCUCAUUCCAUACAUCAUCAAGAACUAAAAGAAACCUUUGCCCGUGAAGAUCUUUGCCUACUUCUUUAACAAUUGCAUCUUGGGAAGAUAUUUCGACUUUUUCUUCCUUCAGUGAUUCCAAAAUUGCUCUAAAAAGUUCAGUCACUUCAAAAUUUUCAGACACGCGGAUCCAAAUUCUUUUGCUGAAGUGACUCUCGAUAUGUUGGUUGUUAUAUACGGAUUUAACCAAAGUAGUUUUUCCAAUUCCACCCAUACCAACGAUGGGAAGAACAUAAAUAUUUUGGUUAGAUGAGCCUAACAAAAGAUUCACAAUUUCAGAUUCUUCUUUGGCUCUUCCUACAACAUACUGGGGAACAACACGGGAGUUGGUUUCUCGGCUUUUUGCCGAUUCAACAGCAGCCACGGUUAUAGAAGCAGUAGGAAGCAGUGAAGCUGCCAUCCUGAUCAAUCCAAUCUCAGUAGCUUCGAGAUUGAAGUUUUUCAACUUACAGUUUGCAUCCCUAACCUUAUAACCAAUUCUCCACCGAAAUGAAAUAUCAUGUUUACAUGAGGAGAAGAACAAACAUACCUUCUGUUGAUUCCUUGAUCUCACUUUUCGACGAAGAAUCUCAUAGUUAAGCUCAUCCAGCACAUGAUUAAUCUCAAAAGCCACACUUACAACCUUCUCGAGCCAUCGCUGCACGAGUUGGCUUUUAUCAUACUUAAUCUCAGCGUCAGCCAACACAGCUUGGAUUGUGGCAGCAGAUUCUUGUAAGGCUUCCAAUUCCUUCUUGAGUCCAAAUACAGAGCCAAUCCUGUCCGUGGCCAGAGAUAUUGCUUUCUCCAACAGAACUUGAAUGGUGGCACCAAUUAUUGCAUCCGCCAUUUUCUUUCUUGAUUGGAUUGGAUCCUAAAGAGAGCCCUUUGUUUGGAUGAUGAGCAAAAUAUUGGUUAAACGUUUGUUGUACAUGCUCCUUUUACCUGUGCUAGAAUCAGUUGCUGCUCGGAAUUUUCCAUGAACUAACAUUCGUUGACUUUGGCCACCCAACCUAAUAAUUCAACUGCAGCUCAUUUUGCAAGAUUCAUUUUUUUUUAGUUGUUUGAAAAAAUUAAUGAUUUAGGGUCGUUCUGGACCCGUUGUUAAUGGUAGUCACAAGUGUCACUUUCAGGCUUCAGCUACUUCAUUCAGUUCUUGGAAAGCUGUCACUUUGGAAAAAGUCACCAGAAAUGAAAAUUAAAAAACUAAUUACCACCAACUUCAUAUAGCUUUCAUGGUAACUUCAUAUAGCUUUCAUGGUAACUACCAACACUAGCUUUCAUGGUAGCUUUCAUGGUAACUACAUACUCUAUCCGUCUAUGGAAAAUAGUCCAUUUUAACUCAGAUCGUUCAUUUUGUUUAACUACGCUAUUUUUCUGAGACGAAGGGAGUAAAACUUAAUUGAUUCCUAUUGUCAAAAUAUGGAAAGCUGAAGAUCAUCAUCAUUCACACACAAUAAUGGCAGAAUAAGCAUAGGUAGCAGAAGAGAUAACCUAAAGAACGCGAAUGAAGUCGAAGUUCCAUGGUUAAGACCCUUUUUCCUACCCAAACAAUUCUUCUGCCUAUGUUAUGAGAGCACCAAGCAGUAAAAAUGGAACUACGUAAAUAUGGAUGAAGUUACAGGCCAAAAAAGGUGAAAAGAAAGGGUAACAAAAAAAAAAGAAAAAAAAAAUUGGUCAGGAAAAUGGUAACCACCAGAAAUGGAUAGGACUUUCUAUCACCUUCAAAAAUUCAGAAUUGCAAGAUGAGUUUUGCAGGAAGAGGAACAAUGGACAAAACCUGUUCUUGCAGUGAUUAAAUCGAUCUUCCAAUUUCCGCCUCAAUGACCAACCACCCAGAAUGGCGAUUCCGCUACAACACCACCGUCACUACGGCAGCUUCAAUCAAAUUCAAACUCCUUCAUCCAAAUCCAAUUUCAGGAACAGAACCAUCAUCUACCCAAUAAUUUGCAUGACCCAACAACAAUCCUCCUCUAACGAUGAUGGCCCAUCGGAAGAGAAAUUCCGGCAGCAAUCGACCGGAGUUGCUCCACCUCCGGCAGCCCAGUUCGCCCCACUAGCAUCCACUUUCCAGCGGCGGCUUCUCACCGGAGUCGCCUCCUCAUCUUUGGUUGCCCUCGGGGCUAAUUUCGCCGGCAUUACAAGUUUCCUUCUUGGGCUCGCCCCGGAAGCCGCCCGGAGCCUGAAGCUCGAUGUACUUUAUCCGAUUCAAGGAUUUAGUAGAUGCAAAUAUGAAGAAUAUCAAGGAUUUGAGUUCAUCUAUCCAGCAAAUUGGGUUGGAGAUCAGACAUUGUUGUAUCGGGCAGCCUCGAAAUUGGAAAGAUACCUCGGAGGUUCAACUCCAACUUCCAGAAAUAAUCCUCGGAGAAAUAUAAAUGAACCCGUUGUUGCAUUUGGUCCGCCGGGUUCCAGUGGAGAGCUCAAUGUCAGCGUCAUCGUCUCCCCUGUCCCUACUGAUUUCUCAAUCGAAGCAUUUGGAGGACCAAAAGAAGUUGGAGAAGCGUUGAUCAAAACAAUUACAGGAAAACGUCCAAAUGUGAAGGGAACAUUAGUACAGUCAUCCUCCAGAGAGGAUUCAAAGAAAAAUGUGAAAUACUACUCGUUGGAAUUUCAAGUCGAAAGCCCAACCUUUCAAAGGCAUAAUGUGGCAGUGUUUUGUGCAACUGGUGGAAGGCUUUUCACUUUGAAUGCUCAGGCGCCUGAAUCUCUUUGGCCAAAUAUUAAGUCAGAUAUGUAUCGAAUUGCUGAUUCGUUUACCCUAACAUAGAUGAUAAGACCACAUGAAUGCAUGUAUGGUAUUUCCAAAUCGUUCAAUUUUGGUUUUUCAACAUUGCUUGAAUUUGUUUAAGAGCUUUGGCGUUUACAAAAAGCUUACACACACAGUUGGAGACUUGGAGGUAGAAACAAAAUGAUGAAUGAACCAGUCAACCA